UGCGCCGUCGCGCAAUUGGCUUGCCGUGGCCACGCAGCCGUUUCCUGCCAAGUACUGAGCUCACGUCAGGUCUUUCGGAUGCCCUAAUCGGGAAAGCACUUUUUGGCCUAUGAGAUGAAUGCAGCACUAGACCUAGGAGUCAAUGUGGUAAUCUUCACCACACUGCUGAGUCUUGCGAUUUGGCUUUUUACAAUCCGUGAAGAUCCGGUAUCCAAGAAGGGAGCGGUCCAGAAUGGCUGCGAGCAGUUGGUGCAGGAAGGGCAGCGCCUGGUGGGCACCGUGCAGCGCUUCUCCGAGCGAAACGGAUAUGGAUUCAUCUCCUGCGCUUCCUGCAGGGCGGCCCAUGGUCGAGAUGUCCAACUCUUCCAAGAAGACUGGGAGGCGCUGCAGCUAAAGAUUGGAGCAGUGGUCAGCUUUGAGUUGUCCUUCAAGGAGCGCUAUCCAUGCCCCAAGGGCAGGCCUUGGGCAACCUCCAUACAGGUGGAGUAAAGCGCAUCGGCUGAGCAGCAGCGAACCAGGCGCCAAGA